UUUCCUCCCUUUGAAAAGUGAAAGAAAUAAAGAUCGGAACCAUGCCAGAAGCACCAAAUAUGACACAGAAACCUGCAGAUUACAACCUGGAGUUGAAGAACAAGAAAAUCCUUCAGUUCAUUGAAGACAUGACUUCAAACCCUGAUGAAGUUCAAAAGGAUGUCCUGGAAGAGAUCCUUUCGAGCAAUGCUCAUGUUGAGUACCUGAAAACUCAUGGCCUUGAUGGUCGUACCGAUCGAGAUAGUUUCAAAAACAUUAUGCCUGUCAUCACCUAUGAGGAUAUCCAGCCUUAUGUUGAACGUAUUGCCAAUGGUGAUACAUCUCCCAUCCUUUGUUCUAAGCCCAUUUCUGAGUUCUUGACAAGCUCUGGGACAUCAGGUGGGGAGAGGAAGCUGAUGCCGACGAUCGAGGAGGAGCUAGGGAGGAGGUCACUGCUCUAUAGCCUAUUGAUGCCUGUUAUGAGCCAAUUUGUCCCUGGUCUAGACAAGGGCAAAGGGAUGUACUUUUUGUUUAUAAAAUCCGAGGCCAAGACACCUGGUGGCCUUGUGGCACGCCCGGUUCUAACUAGCUACUACAAAAGCAGUCGUUUCAAAGAUAGGCCAUACGAUCCUUACACAAACUACACCAGCCCAAAUGAGACCAUUCUCUGUCUCGAUUCUUACCAAAGCAUGUACUCUCAAAUGCUUUGUGGACUUUGCCAACACAAGGAAGUCCUCAGGGUGGGAGCUGUUUUCGCCUCUGGCUUCAUCAGGGCCAUCAAGUUCCUUGAGAAACAUUGGCGUCUCCUUUGCAAUGAUAUAAGGACAGGAACCGUUGAUUUCCAAAUCACUGACUCCUCUGUCAGGGAGGCUGUUAUGAACAUCCUGAAACCCGAUCCUGAACUUGCCGAUUUCAUCGAGGCCGAGUGUAGCAAAGAUUCAUGGCAAGGGAUCAUUACAAGGUUAUGGCCUAACACAAAGUAUGUGGAUGUGAUUGUGACUGGGGCCAUGUCACAGUAUAUUCCCACUCUUGAUUAUUACAGUAAUGGCCUCCCUCUUGUCUGCACCAUGUAUGCAUCUAGUGAAUGCUAUUUUGGUGUCAACCUGAACCCUCUUUGCAAGCCAAGUGAAGUUUCCUAUACUCUCGUUCCCGUAAUGGCCUACUUUGAGUUCUUGCCGGUUCAAAGGAACAAUGGGGUCUCUAAUUCCAUUUCUGUGCCCAAAACUCUCAAUGAGAAAGAACAACAAGAACUGGUUGACCUUGUUGAUGUUAAGCUUGGCCAGGAGUAUGAGCUUGUUGUCACCACUUAUUCAGGACUCUAUCGAUAUAGAGUCGGUGAUGUGCUAAGGGUAGCAGGGUUCAAGAACAAGGCACCACAAUUCAAUUUCAUUUGCAGGAAAAAUGUGGUUUUGUCCAUUGAUUCUGAUAAGACUGAUGAGGUUGAACUUCAACAUGCUGUGAAGAAUGCAGUGAAUCAUUUGAUGCCAUUCGAUGCAACCUUGGCCGAGUACACUAGUUUUGCGGAUACCACUACAAUUCCAGGCCACUAUGUGCUCUACUGGGAGCUUAGUCUCAAUGGUAACACCCCAAUUCCUCCUUCAGUUUUUGAGGACUGUUGCUUGACUAUUGAAGAAUCCCUCAACAGUGUAUAUCGCCAAGGGCGUGUAUGCGACAAAUCCAUUGGACCUCUCGAGAUCAAGAUCGUCGAACCAGGGACAUUCGACAAGCUGAUGGAUUAUGCCAUUAGCUUAGGUGCAUCGAUUAACCAGUACAAGACGCCACGAUGCGUGAAAUUCGCUCCCAUUGUCGAGCUUCUGAACUCAAGGGUUGCAUCCUGUUUCUUUAGUCCAAAAUGUCCCAAAUGGUUUCCUGGUUACAAGCAAUGGAGCAACACAAAUUAAGUGAAAUGAAGGGGGAGCACUCAAUCAGUAGUUUUUUCAACUGUUGUUUAUGCAUAGUGACUCUUGAUUAGCCAUGUCAUUGUACAAAAACAAUUCAUGUUUCAAGGAAACCUCUUCCCCAUUCCCAUGAAAAUAAAUUCUCUUUUUGUUUA